ACGAUCGGAGAAGGAGUCGUGGAGAAGUCAACCCCAAAGCAGGAGGAACGAGAGGAGCAGCUGCUCAAGGAGCGUUUGAGGGCCUCCUGGUCUACGGGAACGUGCUGCCAUAUUGUUUUUCCAGGAAGGGACGGGGUUUUUUUGGGAGCUGUGGCUGAUCUGCAGCCAUGCACCGCUUAAGGACUACAGUCGCAAGGCUUCGGCCUUUAACGGCUGCGCAGACGGCCCCGAGCCAAUCACAGCCCAGGACAUUUAAGCCUGCAAGGCGCCUGAACACAUCAGCGGCUGCUGAGCCCUUUCUUAACGGCACCAGCUCCAACUAUGUGGAGGAGAUGUACUAUGCAUGGCUGGAGAAUCCCAGGAAUGUGCACAAGUCCUGGGACAUAUUUUUCCGUAACGCUAACGCUGGAGCUCCGCCUGGUUCGGCCCACCAGAGCCCUCCACCCCUCAGUGGGUCUCCUCGGGGACUGGCCAGUGUUCAGGCACUGGUGGGUUUCCAGUCCAAUGUGGAGAAGGUGGUGAGGGAUCAUCUGGCAGUGCAUUCACUCAUACGAGCGUACCAGGUAAACUACCAACUCAGGAGUGACGUAGAGACGCCGU